AUGUAUAAAAUUAAAACAUUGAAAAAACCUUAUAAUUUUUAUAUUAACGUGCACCUCAAUUCUAAAAACACAAAUAUCACCAUGAGCUCAGGAGGAACUCGCGUGUAUGUGGGCGGUCUCGUGGAGGGCAUUAAAAAAGAAGAUUUAGAACGCGAGUUCGACAAGUACGGCAAGCUCAACUCCGUGUGGGUCGCACUUAACCCCCCAGGCUUUGCUUUCAUUGAAUUUGAAAACAUGCAGGAGGCUGAGGACGCCUGUAACGAGAUGAAUGGCGUCGAAAUGUUAGGCGCAACCUUAAAAGUAGAGCUAUCAAGAAAAAGAGAUGGUCCGCGUCGGGGCGGUGGUAACUUUAGAGGUGGUCGCGGUGGUAAUUUUAGAGGGCGCUCCUUCGGAGGCUCCCAGAGCGGUGGUAGAUCGUACGGGGGCGGCAGACCUUUCAAUCGUAACAGCCAAGGCAAUGGGUAUGGCUCAGGUUAUGGUGGAAACAACAGAUCUAGGUCACCAAUCAGUCGAAGU